CUGAUUCGAAUACUUUAGAAGUCAUUGAACAAUAGAUUUAUGGAACUGUGGCGAAAAUAAGCUAUUAAUACUGAUACAUGUAGCCACUUGUAUAAAGAGUCAAUGUUUGAUUAGUAUCGUUGAUUGGGAAACAGCACAAAACAAGGUAAGAUCCGUUGUUUUAUUCUAGUGCUUACCGUUAUGAGAAUUAAAGCAAGAUAUUCAGCUUUGUUGGUUAGGGGGAGGCUGAAUUUUGUACAUAUAAUAAAACAACAUUAAAGAUUUAGAUCAAGUCAAUAAAAAAAUGAUUUAACUGCAUAUUAAGAUGUCAAAAACAUCACAUGUUAAACUUACCUUGGCUUCUUUUUAAUAGCUGAGAUAUUUUACGAUUGAGUUCCGGCACGCAUAUCUAGUUUAUUCUAUUCUAGUUUAUACCAAGGAUUCAGUUAUAUUUACAUAUAGUUUAUAGUUAGAAAUUCUUUUGUUUCUUGAUCGUGCUAAUGAAUAAUGAAGUGAAGGUAGAGAUUUAUCAGUAUUAAGAAUACAAAAUAAUAUACUCAAUAAGAAAAAAAUUGAAGACUGAAUGGAAUGACAUGUAAGGAAAAGAGUCCACGCAUGACCACAAAUCAGAUUGGACCGCAAUUGCGGCACGAACAAGACAUUUGCAGUAGUAUGUAUAGCCACAUUCAUGUUAUCAACAGUUUAACGUGUGAAUGAAGCUAAGCAUUGAAAACGAUAGUGGCUCAACCUCAAAGUAGCUUAAAGUGUUCAUUAUCUCUAUCAGUGCCUAAUUCACAUGUGUUUAUAUGUAUUUAUAUAUUUGCGUGAUUGUGUUUAGUGGACCUUUCUGGUUGAGUUGAUUGAUGUGUUAAUGCAAAUUGAACAACGACCUUAAAAUUAUUGAAAUACUUAAUCGCUCUUUUUAGUACAUUUUCAAGCAAAAAGAGACACUUAGAUGCUCAGCUUUGGCAUCUUUUCAUAUAAUACAACUUCAUAGAAUUAAAAAGACUACACCCCAGUAAAGAACCCUUUGAAUUAACCAUGAGUAAGAACGAUUUUGGAUCAAUCCAAGGACAGAUAAAUGCAAUUCCAUCAGAAGACCCACCUUGCGCCGAAGGACUCAUACGAUCCAUAGACAAAAUGGUAAAUAGCCACAGAGAUAAAGAAGAGAGGAAAAUCCUUGAAAAAAAAUUAAAGAAAGCAGCCAUUCGUGGAUUAGGCAAAGAGUUGCAAACAGCUAUGAAUUCAAACGGUUUGGCUCUUGAGGCUCUGCCGCUGGUCCGUGAACAUCUAACCACAAAGACAGCCUUAGCCUCCUUUUUUGCUGAUACUCCCGAUGAAAAUCUGACCAAAGACGUGAAAAUGAUCAGACGGAAACUUGGUGAAACACUCGAGAUACAGUUUGAAUCUUCGCAAUUCAAGUCUAUAAAAGAAAAAAUCGAAAACCUCCCCAAAAACGAUCCUACAAAUGCCGAAGAGCUUAUUCGAGAAAUCGAAGUAAUGAUCAGCAAUGUACACAAAGAAAAGGAAAGAAAAAGCCUAGAAUCUAAUUUAAAGAAGGCAGCUUUACUUGGAUUAAGUGUUGAACUCCAAGAUAUUAUGAAAUCUAAUGGUUUAGCCCUCAAUGGACUUCCGUUGAUCCGUGAACAUCUGACCACAAAAGCAGACCUAGCGGCCUUCAUUGUUGAAAAUUGUGAUGAGAAUCUGCCAGCAGAUAUGAAAAUGAUCAAACGAAGACUUGGCAAAACACUGAAAGAAGGUUAUCAAUCUUCAGAUUACAAAUCUGUCAAAAAGCGAAUAGAUGAACUGCCCAAAAGUGACCCUACAAGUGCCGAAGAGCUCAUUCGAGAAAUUGAAGAAAUGAUCAACGCUUUACCCAAGGCAGAUGACAAGAAAAGUCUCGAAUCUGAUUUAAAGAGGGAAGCUAUACUUGGAUUAAGUGAAGAGCUCCAAGGUCUCCUGAAAUCCAAUGGUUUGGCCCUCAGUGGGCUUCCAUUGGUCCGAGAGCAUCUCACAACUAAACCUAAGCUUGCAAAGUUCCUUUUUGAAAAGAAUGAAAAUGAUCUUGAGGAAGAUUUUAAAAAUAUUCACAGAUUACUGCAACCAGAGCUAGAGGUUCUUGGUGAGCUGAUAAGUCGCGGAUUUGAUCCAUCAGACGAAAACGUCAAAAAACUCGUGGACAUUGCCCCUUCUCGGGGUAAGCUUAAGAGACUGAGUACGGAUAAACUACGAGAUUUAAAUUUUGAAGAUGAAGAUCUGGAAGCUAUCAAUGAUGCUAAAGAUACUUCAGACGUGUCAGAUAAGAAAAAAGAGGAACGCGAAAAACAAGUAACUCAGGCAAAAGAGUUACUAAAUGAUGUAAAAAAUGAUGUGAAUAAAAACUUUGAAAAGACUAAAAGUGAAGUUAAAGACAACAUGGAAGAGUUGCGCAGUCGAAUGGAGCUUCCAGACGAUUGGAAACAACAACAAAGAAAAUGUCCUGAAAGUAUGCUAGAUACUCUCAAAAGCAAGACUCAAGAGCAAGGAGAGUUCGUAGAAUCUAGCAAAUCAUUUGAAAGAGACGAGGAAAUUGUUGAAAAAGCCAGUGGUGGACUCGCAUUGAAAGGCAUCAACUACUUGCAUUGGGAUUAUCCGAAAACUGCUAUGUUGCCAAUCUUGGAAAGACCACGUAAAGUAGAUAUUUGGAAUGCGCAAUCCCCCUAUGAGACAGGUUUCCGCCAAUUCUCAGAGGGCAACGCAGCAGCAAGAUUUACAAAAGAAGUGGAAAGUUCGGGUUUUACCCAUGCUGACAGCGUUUCUUUUUCCUUCGGUGGCUUUUCUGCUGGUGCAAGUGUUUCCUAUGGCUCUCAAAAUAGUGAUGAAGCAGAAAAUUCUAUGAAAUCAAAUAGCACCAGCGUUUCCGCAACAAAUUUCUGCCAAUCUGUGAUGAAAUGUUUUGCAAUUCCAAGAGAUUGCAUGAAAGUUAAAGACCAAGCUGCUAAAAUGGCUGAGCACAUCACUGAGGUGUUAAAAGAAAAGGAAAAGCAAAAAGAAGAGAUUCGGCGUUUCUUUAAGAUCUACGGCAGUCAUGUGCCAUUCAGCGUUCACCGGCUUGGGGGGAUAUUUUUCACAAUGAGCACGGCGACCUCAAUGAAAGAAAUGGAGACCUCCAAGCUGAUGCAUCUAAAUUCCAACAAACUAACAACGGAAGUUUCUGUGGGCUAUUGGGGUGCUGCAGCGAGUGACAAGCACGAAGAAGAAUCUUCGAAGGGGUCAACCACAGCAAAUCAAGAUGAACAAGAAAAUGUCAGCUAUACAUUCAGUUUGAAAUCUAUCGGACCCCACGCAGACACCCCAGCGUCUUUCAAAAAGGCUCUCUCAGAAAAUAACUCAACAUGGGCCAUUCUAGAUCGUGGCGAUACAUCACUAGAUGUCCCUGUUUGGGAACUGCUUCGGGAACGCGAUAAGAAGUUCGAAGGCGUCGCCGAUCUAAUGAGAGAAACCUUCACAAAAGACAAGGACAAGAUGGAAAAGGAAAAAGAAAAGAUAAAGGAAUCGAAAGAAUAUCAGAAACGUUUUGGGGAAAUGCACAAAGAUCAAUUAGAGACAUUUAAGAGGAAAAUACUCAAAGAAGAAGUAAACCAACAGAUGGGAAGGUACAAAGAAAUGUCAACAGCUGAAUCAGAAAAGCAUUUCAAGGGACAACUUCCAUUGAAAGGCAUUCCAAACAAGGAUGAAUUUAAAAAUGGAGAACCUGUGUGCGUCAUCUAUAUUGAGAACAAGGAAAUCUUGGAAUCAAAAAUCUAUGAUUUUUUAAUCAUAGACCCCUCAUCAAAUUUUUGUCAGCUGAUCGAGGAACCUUCAUAUUCGGAACAUGUUGCUGUUUUGAAGUGUUUUAAGGCAAAUAAAACCAUUGUUGGCUUUGAAGAAAGUUCGAAAAAAAAAGAUGAAAGGCAUUACAUAUUUUUCAGUGGUAAUUACUUUUCUUACCAGUGCACAUUUCCUUUGUAUCUGAAACAUGCACCGAUGGAGGCGCUAAUAUGGCAAGCAUUCCUGAAAUCGAUGCUUAAAUAUACAAAAUAGUCUUGAACACUGAGCAUAAUAAAGGCAGCUCUACCCGAAUUAAGUGGACACCUCCAGGUCCUUUGAUUUUCAAGUCAACGCAGUUUUGCGUAAAAAGGUCUACUUGUUCCAGAAGAAUGAAAAGAAGCGUACUACUGCCCCCUGUCCAUUUUGACAAUUUCCACCUUAAAGAUGGCACAAUAGAAGGGACAAUAGGAACAGGAUUGUUCCAAGAUCGAUGACCUCUCAUAUUUGCAUGUCUUAUUCUGUUUCAAGAUUUUUUUUAUUCACCUUGUCUAUUAUGGUUGAAAGGUAUUAUAUUAUUUUUACUCCAUCGAUACCUUUAAAAUUAAUGUGUAUUCGAAGUAAAAACAAACAAACAAAAAAGCAACAAAGACACUGAUGGGUUGCCAAGCUUUGUUGUUUGUUAGAGAUUUUUAAAAAUAAUCAAUGAUUAAUAAUUUUAGUAUACUCGCAUAGGAUCCGUUUCUUGUUUGCAUAAUUAAAACUGCAACGUAUUUGAGACCAGGCGCCGGUCAUUUCGGAAUCCAAAACAAGUAUUAAACAUUUGAAAUGUAACUACAUCGGUGGACAAAAAUGAAUGAGACACUUGCGACCUUCCUCGAUUUUGAGGUCUUACUUAACUUCUACAAUAGAGUAAAUUUCAUAUGAGUGGGAAACGGACGGUACUGUAUUGUAACCGUAAUCGUACUGUUUUAUUAUUAUUAUUUUUUUUUUUUGUAAUCGUACUGUAACCAAAUUCUAGCGUCUCAUUGCUUCACAAAAAUUGUGCAGGCCAGGUCCGGUAACUGUGCGGUAAAUUGUACAGUACGUUUCCCACUCAUACGAAAUUGACUCUGACUCCGUUUUGUGUGUCCUGUAAACUGUAAAUGGAUACACAACCGAUAUCCUACGCAGCAUUAGAAACAAAAUUAAGGGGAAAGGCGAGGAGGUGUCACAUUUUUGUCUAUCAUGUUAUGAUAUAUAAAGUAUAUGUAUUCAAAUAAUAUUUUGAGCUUUCAAACAGCAAACUGAUGAUAGCUUUAUAUGAGCUGGAACAUAUCCUGUUGAAAUCUCAUAAAAGCGAUGUAAAAUGAUAUUGCUAAGCUAUUAAAUAAAUGGGUUUAAAAUUUA